AUGGACAUCUUGGCUUGCAGAUCCGAAGAGAACAGUUAUAACAUUCUCCCCUCUGCGGCUACGAUGCUUUUCCAUGGCCUCCCUGGAGGCGAUGUGCACGGUGUGGUGGAAGAAAUGGACCGGAGAGGAAAGAGCGAGUCAGCAGCCAUCAGCUCAGCCAUCGAUAUGGGGGAAUCAGAGACGUCCAUGCCGUGUAUGACCAGCGAGCGCGUGGCUCUGUGCGCGGGCUGCGGCAGGAAGAUCGCGGACCGCUACUAUCUGCUGGCCGUGGACAAACAGUGGCACAUGCGCUGCCUCAAAUGCUGCGAAUGCAAACUCAACCUGGAGUCCGAGCUCACCUGCUUCAGCAAGGACGGCAGCAUCUACUGCAAGGAGGACUACUACAGAAGAUUUUCGGUGCAGAGAUGCGCUCGGUGCCACCUGGGCAUCUCAGCCUCGGAGAUGGUGAUGCGAGCCCGGGACCUGGUCUACCACCUCAACUGCUUCACCUGCACCACGUGCAGCAAGAUGCUCACCACCGGGGACCACUUUGGCAUGAAAGACAGUCUGGUAUACUGUCGGCUGCACUUUGAGACUCUCAUCCAGGGAGAAUAUCAGACACAUUUUAACCACGCGGACGUUGUCCCACACAAAGGUCUGGGCCCGACCAACGCACUUGGACUAUCCUACUUCAACGGCGUGGGGACAGUGCAGAAAGGCCGGCCCAGGAAGAGGAAAAGCCCCGGGCCGGGGACCGAGCUGGCUGCUUAUAAUGCAGGUAAGAAGGACAUUUCUACAAAGAUCUGUAACGAGAAUGAUGGCGAGUCCAUGGACCGAGACUCCCAGUACAGCUCCAGUCAGAAGACCAAGCGUAUGCGAACAUCCUUCAAGCACCACCAGCUGAGGACUAUGAAGUCCUACUUCGCCAUCAACCACAACCCAGAUGCCAAGGACCUCAAGCAGCUCGCCCAGAAGACUGGCCUCACCAAGCGGGUCUUACAGGUCUGGUUCCAAAACGCUCGGGCUAAGUUCAGGAGGAACCUGCUGCGACAGGAAAGCACUGGGGUAGACAAGGCAUCCGACGGCUCCACGCUGCAGGGUGGGACACCAUCAGGCCCAGCCUCAGAGAUCUCCAAUGCCUCCAUGAGCCCCUCCAGCACCCCAACCACCCUGACAGACUUGACAAACCCCACCAUGCCCACUGUCACCUCUGUGCUCACCUCAGUGCAGGGCGGCAUGGAUGGCCACGAGUGCCGGAGCCCAUCACAGACCACGCUGACCAGCCUCUUCUGA